AUGGACCCCGCGACGGCGGCCAUGGGCUCCCUCCUCCCCAAGCUGUUCGAGCUCCUCCACGGAGAAUACAAGCUGCAGAAGGGCGUGAAGAAAGAUGUACAAUUUCUCGAGAGGGAGAUGAGGAGCAUAGACGCCGCACUCCGCAAAGUGGCCAUGGUGCCGCGUGACCAGCUCCAUGACAACUCCAAGAUCUGGGCCAAUGAUGUCAGGGAGCUGGCAUACGAGAUGGAGGAUGUGAUUGAACGCUUCAUGGUGGGCGUCCAGGGCUUCGAGCCCGCCGCUAACCCCGACGGCUUCAAAGGGUUCGUGAAGAAGGUGGCCAGCUUGUUCACAAAAGGCAAGGCGCGCCACCAGAUCGCCGAUGCAAUCAAAGGCAUCAAGGAUCAGGUCCAGCAGGUGGCGGAUCGACGCGACCGGUACAAGAUUGAUGAUGUUGAGGCAAGUCAGGCUACUGCAACCACCGUUGACCCUGUGGACCCUCGCUUGAUGGUCCAGUUCAAAGAUCAGAGAGAGCUUGUUGGCAUCGAGGGGCCAAGAGACGAGCUAAUCAAGAGGCUGGCAGAUGAAGAUGAUUGUGUGUCCAAGCAGCAGCUCAAGAUCCUCUCGAUCUUCGGAUUUGGAGGACUUGGCAAGACGACUCUUGCCAGAGCAGUUUACGACAAAAUACAAGCAGAAUUCGUAUGCAAGGCUUUUGUUUCUGUCGGUCAGAAGCCUAAUCUGAAGAAUGUUCUGAUAAGUAUUCUCCUCCGAAUUGAAAAAGCCUCUUGUCACAAUAUUACACUCUUAGAUGAGGUACUGCUCAUUGAAAAACUCCGAGAACUGCUUACGAACAAGAGGUACCUCAUCAUCAUUGAUGAUAUAUGGGAUUUGAGUUCAUGGGAUAUAAUCAAAUGUGCUUUUACUAAUAGUAAGUGUGGAAGCAGAGUAAUCACAACUACUCGUAUCUUUGAAGUGGCAAAAGAGGCAGGUGACAUUUACAAGCAAGAACCUCUUUCUGAUGGUAGAUCGAAGGAAUUGUUCUGUAUGAGAUUAUCUAUUGGCAAAAGCAAAAGCCCUUAUCAUGAAUCGGUUAAGAUAUCUGAGAAGAUAUUGCAGAAAUAUGGUGGCAUACCACUAGCUAUCAUUACAAUAGCUAGCUUGUUGGCUAGUAAACCAGUAACAGACUGGCCUGGGGUCUAUGACUCUAUUGGUUUUGGGAACGAAGAUAACAAAGAAGUGGAUACCACAAGAAAGAUAUUGCUAUAUAGCUACUAUGAUCUUCCAUAUUAUCCACGGCUUUGCCUAUUGCACCUAGGCAUAUACCCCGAAGAUUAUGAGAUAAAAAAGGACACUUUAAUUUGGAAGUGGGUGGCUGAAGGAUAUGUCCAUGAGGAACUAGGAAAAGGAUUAUUUGAGGUUGGAGAGAGAUACUUCAACAUGCUCAUAGAUAGAAGCAUGAUCCAGGCAGUGGAGAGGCCAUAUUAUAGCAUCAUAUAUGCUUGUCGUGUGCAUGAUUUGGUACUUGAUAUGAUUCAUUUUCUCUCAGAAGACGAAAGUUUUGUUACUGCAUCGAACAGUAACAGGACAUCUCCGCGUACCACUGCUCAUAGGUUAGCCAUAAAUAAUGAAGUCAUAGAGCAGGAUGGAUCUGUGGCUAACAUGAGCAUGAAGCAGGUGAGGUUAUAUAGUGCCACCAUGUGUCACUUUAGUAUGUUUCCAUUGCUUUCAAACUUUAAAGCUCUACGUGUGUUGGCUUUAGAAGACUGCACUUUCAUGGGAAGUGAGCGCUAUGUGAAGCCGGAAAAUUCUCCCUAUCAUCUUAAUUAUCUUGGGAGGCUGAUUCACCUGAGGUACCUUGGGUUCUCGGACCGGCUGGUUGGGUUCUCCCUGCCUGGGAUCUCCAUGCCGCUUAUCUUAGAGGUCCCUGAAGAAAUAGGGGAUCUAAGAUUUUUGCAGGUACUGGACUUGGGCAGAAUUGGCAUUAAAAAACUGCCUCAAAUUGUUGGUCGGCUAACACAACUGAAGUGCCUGCGCUUUGGCGGUUCCAGUAUGGAGGUAUUGGAUUGCACGAGUUUAACAUCCCUGGAAGAGCUACAGUUGCACCUUGUCUCUCUAGAUUUUCUGAAAGGGCUUGCCAAGCUGAAGGAGUUGAGAAAGCUUAGCCUACACUUUGAAGAGGAGCACGAUAAUAUGUUGUUCAAAGAUUUGAUGGGACAUGUUGCCAAUCUGCAAAAACUUAAAGUCAUAAGUUUUAAUUGUAGGCAUCGACCGCAUCCUCAGCCGUGGUCCAACUACGAUGGCUCUGUGGCCCUUGGGCACCUCCGUCAUCUGACAGUGAAUGGCCUGCUUCCUGGGCUGCCAGUGUGGAUUAACUCCUCAUGCCUCCUGAACCUCUGCCACUUGCAUAUGGAACUGACGGCUAUGAAAUCGCAGGAUAUGGAGAUCCUCGGGAGGUUCUCAGAGCUCAUUACUCUGACCGUUCUUCUCUAUGAUUACAUGGUUUUCCCUACCGCCAUGGAGGAGGGUGCAUUUCCCAAGUUGAGAUACUUGGAACUGAAGAAUUCUAACCAGCCCAGAUUUGUACGGGGAGCAAUGUCCUGCCUUGAGUGUUUUAGGAUAAUAAUCGGCCUAGAAGGGACCAAUGGCUGGGACUUCCAUAGCCUGGUGAACCUCCCUCGUCUUGAGAAAGUUGAUGCUGAAAUCCUAGGCUACACUGGCAGGGGUAUCGGCGAAGACGAGCUGCAGGCACAUGAGUCGUUGAAGCAGGCACAUGUGUCGUUGAAGCAUGCAGUUGAGAUCCAUCCCAACCAUCCCACACUCAAGAUCAGAAAAGUAGUUUCUUUUCUCAUGUUACUUGUAAAAAGAGAAUUUCACUUGUUUUGUGAUUUCCAUUUUCAUUGUCACAGUCCAUGCAUGUGUAUUGAUAAAAUUCAUGUUUCUGUACCACAAUUUUGUACAUAG